AUGCUCCUGCUCCUGCUCCUGCUCCUCCUGCUCUUGCUCCUGCUCCUGGAGAUGCCUCUGAUCCUGUUCACCUUACUGAACCCACUCCGGUUCUUGGUACUAGAGGUUUAUAUUGGAGGUGGAAUUCAGGGCCUUGCAUACGCUAGCACAGUUAUCAUUAACAUCUUCUGGAAGCCCACAGACAAUAGGUACCAGAGCCUCUGCCCGUCACCAACCAGAGACAGUGUCUGCAGGGCAGCAGGGCAAGAGCAGGGCAGUGGGGCAUCAGAGCUGACGCUGAGGAGGGAGCUCCAUCUGUGGAGUGCCAUAUCCAUGACCACUGGCUAUAUGAAGUUCAUGUCACCACAGGGGUUCUUGGUUUACAUUGGUAGUCCUGGAGCCAGUCUUAUUGUCUGGGCAGUCUGUGGCCUCCUGGCCAUGCUGGGUGCCUCGCGUUAUGCUGAACUGGGUGCCUUGGUUCCUGAAUCUGGGGGAGAGUAUGCCUACAUUUUGCGAACUUUUGGCCCUUUGCCUGCCUUCUUAGUCAUCUACACAUUUGUGUUGGUGGGCAGACCUGCUGCCAUCCCUGCUGUCUCUCUCAGCUUUUCUGAGUAUGCACUGGCUCCCUUUUGCCCUGGCUGCUCCUCACUCCCACAAGUUGUAGUUAAGAAUGCAGCUGCUUUGUGUAUCCUGCUGCUGAUGCUGGUCAGUUUCUGGAGCUCACAGAUGUCAACUAUGCUGAUGAAUGUGUGCACAGCUGCCAAAGUGUUCUUGUUGGUCAUUGUGGUAGGUGGGGCUGUGGUGCUGGGCCAGGGCCGGCAUUGCACAGAAGCCCUGCUGUUUACCUUCUACAACAUGACAGAGCAGGCAGGGCACAUCGGUAUGGCAUUCUACCAGGAGCUGUGGUCCUUUGAUGGUUGGAAUAGCCUCAAUAUUGUGAUAGAGGAGCUCAAGAAUCAAAAGCAGAAUCUGGUGUGGGCAUUGAUGAUUGCCAUCCCCCUGGUCACCAUCUUGUAUGUCCUGGUCAACAUUAGCUACUUACUGCUGCUGUCACCCAGUGAGACUUUCUCAUCUGAUGCCAUAGCUGUGAGCUGGGGGAACCAAGUUCUGGGGUCCUGGGCCUGGCUGGUACCCUUGGCUGCUGCACUUUCAAUGUUUGGUACUGUCAAUGGGUCGUUCUUUGGUGGCAGCCGUAUGUGCUAUGCGGCUGCAAGAGAGGGCCACAUGGGGAGAGAUGAGCCCCAACUUAUAUCCGUGGUUCACAUGCAUCACCUUACACCAGCUCCAGCCCUGAUGUUUAUCACAGCCAUGGCUUUGGCCUUGAUCAUACCAGGAGAGUUCAGCACCAUUGUGAACUUCGUGAGCUUCUUCUCCUGGCUCACCUAUGGAACCACCAUUGGCUAUCUCCUGUAUUUACGGAUAAAGACAAAGGAUCUUCCAAAAAGCUACAAGGUUCCCACCCUCAUCCCUGCUGUCGUGCUCCUGGUUUCUCUCUUCCUGGUGCUGGCACCCAUCAUUGACCAUCCCAGGAUGGAGUUCCUGUAUAUCCUUCUGUUCCUGCUCAGUGGUUUCCUGGACUUCCUGCUUUUCUACUUCCAGUGCCAGCCCAAGUGUUUGCAGACAGCCACUGUGCAUCUCCAGCUGCUCAUGGAAGUUGCUCCAACCACUAAGGAUCAAUGA